AUGACCCCUACUGCAGCAUCCAAAUUAACUCGAAACGCUGGUGUCGCUGCUGCUUUAGCUCACGCUUGCGGAAAUCAGGAUCUAAGCGAUUUCCGCACGGUCUUUGACGAGUUCCGGCUAGAUGGCCGUGUCGGUUUGGUAACCGGUGCCAACGGUGGCUUAGGCCUGGAAAGUGCUCUUGCGCUUGCAGAACUUGGGGCCAAGAUAUGGGCACUCGAUAUCGUUGACUCACCUUCGAUCGAAUUCGAAGCGUGCGCUGUUUACGCCAAAGCGCUUUACCAGGAAACAGCUUCAAAAGCUGGCGAGGAUCCGGGAAAAGAAAGGUUGGUUUACAGAAGAGUCGACGUGACAGAUGAGACCGCCUUGGAAAAAGUAUGCCAAGAGAUUGUGGCCAUCGAUGGACGCCUCGACAUCUGCAUUGCUGCUGCUGGAAUUCUCCACGCUGAAAAAAGCUGCAUUGAUAUCACGUCUGAGGAGUUUCAGAAAGUAAUGGCCGUCAACUCGACAGGUGUUUUCAACACGGCAACCAAAGCAGCGGCAGAGAUGACUGCUCUUGGUACCCCGGGAUCGGUUAUCCUCAUUGCUUCAAUGUCCGGAUCUAUCACGAACAGAGACCAUGCCUGGAUAGCGUACAAUGCUUCCAAGUCGGCAGUACUACAGAUAGGACGUAGCAUGGCAUGUGAGCUCGGCUCACAUGGGAUCAGGGUUAACACGCUUUCUCCUGGUCAUAUCCGCACAGCUAUGACGGCUGAAUAUCUGGACAGGAAUCCAGAAUUGGAAAAAAAAUGGUCCAGCAUGAAUCCACUUGGUCGGAUAGGAAGUCCACACGAGCUUAGGGGAGUCAUCUCUUGGCUUGCCAGUGAUGCAAGCACAUUUUGCACCGGAUCGGACAUAAUCGUUUCUGGAGGACAUCAUGCUUGGUGA